AUGACAACUAGUAUACUCGACACUUAUCCUCAAAUAUGCUCCCCCAACGCUUUGCCAGGCACUCCUGGCAAUUUGACUAAGGAGCAAGAGGAAGCGCUUUUGCAAUUCAGGUCAAUCCUGUUAGAGAGGAAUUACAAAGAGAGAUUAGAUGAUUCUACACUAUUGCGAUUUCUAAGAGCAAGAAAAUUUGAUAUCAAUGCUAGCGUUGAGAUGUUUGUAGAAACUGAACGAUGGAGGGAAGAAUACGGUGCCAACACUAUUAUCGAGGAUUAUGAAAACAACAAGGAAGCUGAAGACAAAGAAAGAAUCAAGUUGGCCAAAAUUUACCCUCAGUACUAUCAUCAUGUUGAUAAGGAUGGGAGACCAUUAUACUUCGAAGAACUGGGGGGAAUCAAUUUAAAGAAAAUGUACAAGAUUACCACCGAAAAACAGAUGCUAAGAAACUUAGUAAAGGAGUACGAAUUAUUUUCCAGAUAUCGGGUCCCAGCGUGUUCGAGAAGGGCUGGCUACCUUAUUGAAACUUCGUGCACUGUGCUAGAUCUGAAGGGUAUCUCACUAUCUAAUGCGUACCAUGUGCUUUCCUAUAUUAAAGACGUCGCUGAUAUCAGCCAAAACUAUUAUCCUGAGAGAAUGGGUAAAUUCUAUAUUAUACACAGUCCAUUUGGUUUUUCGACAAUGUUCAAGAUGGUCAAACCCUUCUUGGACCCAGUAACCGUGUCAAAAAUAUUUAUUCUUGGCUCUUCUUACAAAAAGGAAUUGUUAAAACAAAUUCCUAUUGAGAACUUGCCUGUUAAAUAUGGUGGUACAUCCGUCUUGCACAACCCUAAUGAUAGGUUCUGCUAUUCCGAUAUUGGUCCCUGGAGAGAUCCUAGAUACAUCGGACCAGAAGGUGAAAUUCCUAACAUCUUUGGUAAAUUUACUGUUACCAGUUGA